GCCAUGACGUCCCGAGGGACGUCGAGCCGCUUCUUGACCAGCGUCUUGCACAACGGCGUGGGCCGCUUCGUGUGUCAGCUGCAGCGCCUCACCUUGACCGUCAGCCGGGAUGCGCCGAGCUCGCGGGGCGCCAGAGAGUACAUUGAAGAAAAGGUGGUGGACUUCGCCAGGCAAAAUCCUGGGAUUGUGUUAUACGUGUGUCCAAAGAAGAGCAGGGUUCCGACAUUAACAGCUGAAUAUUUGAAUGGAACUGUGGAAGAGAAGUUGUUAACCAGCAAGACUGCUGAUGAGAUUGCAGAGAUCAUCCACAAGUUGGCCAACCAGUCUGGACUAGAGAUCAUACGCAUCCGAAAGCCUUACCAUACAGAUAACCCAAGUAUCCAAGGCCAGUGGCAUCCCUUCACAAACAAGCCCAGCUUGCUCAAUGUGCAAGAAAUUGGCCAGAGGUGUCUUUCAUCCCCACAAAAAUAAAUCAGUGCUGGUACAAAA